AUGCUGAAAAAUCACCUCUCAGCUGUGACCUGGCUCUGCGUCUUCCUUGUGGCCUUUGUCGGUCACCCAGUGUGGCUGCAGAAGCCCCCUAAGCGCAAGACACCUGCACAGCUGAAAGCAGCCAUCUGCUGCGAGGAGAUGAAGGAGCUCAGAGCCCAGGUGGCCAACCUAAGCAGCCUGCUGGCUGACUUGAGCAAGAAGCAGGAGAGUGACUGGGUCAGUGUGGUCAUGCAGGUGAUGGAGCUGGAGAGCAACGGCAAGCGCAUGGAGUCGCGGCUCACAGAUGCUGAGAGCAAGUACUCCGAGAUGAACAACCAGAUCGACAUCAUGCAGCUGCAGGCGGCGCAGACCAUCACACAGACCUCUGCAGAUGCUAUCUAUGACUGCUCGUCCCUGUACCAGAAGAACUACCGCAUCUCUGGAGUGUACAAGCUUCCUCCCGAUGAAUUCCUGGGCAGCCCUGAGCUAGAGGUGUUCUGUGAUAUGGAGACUGCAGGUGGAGGCUGGACCAUCAUCCAGAGACGCAAGAGUGGCCUUGUCUCCUUCUACCAAAACUGGAAGCAAUACAAGCAGGGCUUUGGCAGCAUCAGGGGGGACUUCUGGCUGGGGAAUGAGCACAUCCACCGGCUCACCAGACAGCCAACACGGCUCCGUGUGGACAUGGAGGACUGGGAGGGCAACAUGCGCUUCGCAGAGUACAGCCAUUUUGCUCUGAGCAAUGAAUUCAAUAGCUACCGCCUCUUCCUGGGGAACUACAGUGGCAAUGUGGGCAAGGAUGCCCUCCUCUACCACAACAACACCGUCUUCAGUACCAAGGACAAGGACAACGACAACUGCUUGGACAACUGUGCCCAGCUCCGCAAAGGAGGAUACUGGUACAACUGCUGCACCGACUCCAAUCUCAACGGGGUAUACUACCGCCUAGGGGAGCACAGGAAGCACCUGGAUGGCAUCACCUGGUAUGGCUGGCAUGGGGCCACCUACUCCCUCAAACGGGUGGAGAUGAAGAUCCGCCCCGAAGCCUUCAAGCCCUGA